AUUAUUAAACAGAUACUAAAAUAUAGAUAUUUUGAAACGUUGGAAUCGUAAUAAUUCAACAAUUAAUGGUAGUAGUGCUCAAGAUGGACCCGACCCAUCCAGCAUUUUCCAUAACCUUUUCAACACAUUUUAAGAUCACUUGGUAAGAUAGUAUAAAUAGGAAGGUGAGGCUCUUAUCCAUGCAGAGAAACCAAGAAAACAACAACAUACUUUGAUUCUUCUUUACUCUCUCUCUCUCUCUCUCUCUCUCUCUCUCUCUCUCUCUCUCUCUCUCUCUCUCUCUCUAUAUAUAUAUAUAUAUAUGUAUAUAUGUACACACACAAAAGAAUUAACAAUUUUACCUCAAACUCUUCGGAUCCCACUUCCACUACUAGAACGCAAACAUCAUUGUUCAGCAACAUGUAUCUCCUCACAAUGCUUCAAGCCUUUGUGACUAUAACCCUAGUGAUGCUUCUCAAAAAACUGAUCACGAAACAAAACAAUAAGAAAUUGUCUCUCCCACCAGGUCCCACAGGAUGGCCGAUCAUCGGAAUGAUUCUAGCGAUGCUAAAGAGCCGUCCCGUUUUCCUUUGGCUCCACAGCAUCAUGAAGCAGCUAAACACUGAGAUAGCCUGCGUGAAGCUAGGAAACACUCACGUGAUCACCGUCACGUGCCCUAAGAUAGCACGUGAGAUAUACAAGCAACAAGACGCUCUCUUCGCCUCAAGACCUAUGACUUACGCACAAAACGUCCUCUCUAACGGCUACAAAACCUGCGUGAUCACUCCUUUCGGUGAACAAUUCAAGAAAAUGAAGAAAGUCGUGAUGACAGAACUCCUUUGUCCCUCGAGACACAGGUCGCUUCAUCAGAAGAGAGCAGAAGAGAACGAUCAUUUAACAGCAUGGGUAUACAACAUGGUCAAGAACUCGGGUUCGGUUGAUUUCCGGUUCGUGACAAGGCAUUACUGCGGUAACGCUAUCAAGAAGCUUAUGUUCGGGACAAGAACGUUCUCUGAGAACACCGCACCGGACGGUGGACCGACCGCAGAGGAUAUCGAGCAUAUGAAAGCUAUGUUUGAAGGCUUAGAGUUUACGUUCGCUUUUUGUAUCUCUGACUAUCUACCUAUGCUCACGGGACUUGAUCUUAACGGUCACGAGAAGAUCAUAAGAGACUCGAGUGCUAUUAUGGAUAAGUAUCACGAUCCAAUCAUUGAUGCAAGGAUCAAGAUGUGGAGAGAUGGAAAGAGAACUCAAAUCGAGGAUUUUCUAGACAUUUUCAUUUCGAUCAAAGAUGAAGAAGGAAACCCAUUGCUUACCGCCGAUGAAAUCAAACCCACCAUUAAGGAGCUUGUAAUGGCGGUACCAGACAAUCCAUCAAACGCUGUCGAAUGGGCCAUGGCGGAGAUGGUGAACAAACCGGAAAUUCUCCUUAAAGCAGUGGAAGAAAUCGACAAAGUUGUCGGAAAAGAAAGACUUGUCCAAGAAUCCGACAUCCCAAAACUAAACUACCUCAAAGCGAUUCUCCGUGAAACUUUCCGCCUCCAUCCCAUCGCCGCCUUUAACAUCCCGCACGUGGCACUUUCUGACGCAACCGUCGCCGGAUAUCACAUCCCUAAAGGAAGUCAAGUCCUUCUUAGCCGAUAUGAGCUGGGCCGUAACCCGAAAGUUUGGGCUGACCCACUUAGCUUCAAACCAGAGAGACAUUUUAACGAGUGCUCCGAAGUUACUUUGACGGAGAAUGAUCUCCGGUUUAUCUCGUUUAGUACCGGAAAAAGAGGUUGUGCUGCUCCGGCUUUAGGUACGGCGUUGAUAACAAUGAUGUUCGCGAGACUUCUUCAAGGUUUCACGUGGAAGCUACCUGAGAAUGAGACAAGGGUUGAGUUGGUGGAGUCUAGUCAUGAUAUGUUUUUGUCUAAACCGUUGGUUAUGGUCGGUGAAUUGAGAUUGCCUGAGCAUCUUUAUCCAACUGUGAAGUGAAACGACAGCGUAUUUCUUUAAAUAGCUCAUGUUAUAUAACAUUUAAGUGUUUGGUCACCGGUUACCAGAAGAUAAUCGGUUAAUUUAUGAACAACUUGUGUGUGGUUUUGGUUCCUGUGGGGACACUUGGAAGUGUUUUUUAAAAAAAAAUAUUAAUAGAAUUUGUUCUUUCUUUAUUUUCUCUUUUUAUAAUAAGAAGACUCCCCAAUUAAUAUAUAUCUCAUAACAAAUAAUGUGUUUAUUUAAACCCAAAAAAAAUUGUGUGUUUAUAAGUCGAGUUAAAGUAAAUUGCUUUUCCAAUCAAUCAAUUAUUUACCAAGUUGAAAUAUACAUGUAAAUUUUGAUAAAGUUGAAAAAAUGUAUUUAUAGUAAAACAUCUAAUUAUUAGAAGCUUUUGUUUCAUUAAAAAUUUAUUAAAAUGCUUCUAAAAUCACAAUUCAAACUCUAUAAAAUGCGAUUUACUAUAAAUUAUCCAAAUUAAUACGUAUUAGGUGAGAGGAAAAUUGAAGAACAAUUUAUUAUAUAUGGAUUUUUUGAGAAUUCAUGGUAGGUCUUGUUUGAACUGUGCUGCUAUUUAUAAGUCAGGCGACCCUCAAUGGGCGAUAUUUUCUCUCUAGCUAU